CAAUUUCUACAGAUAUCGGACACAAAUUGUUCGGGAACCUUAAUGUCAGAUGUCCUCUUGUUCCAGUCGGCAUGUUUUUGUAUUCGCACUUCAUUCUCGCUCAACCAGUACAUUUUGUCAAACAUCAGUAGAGGCGCCAGGCUGUCUGUGUCUCUGUGUUAGGAAAUGGAGUUUGCUGAGCUGAUUAAGACCCCCAGAGUGGAUGGGGUGGUGUUGAGGAGGCCCUUCCUGCCCACGGUGGAGGGAACUCUCUGUCUGACAGGACAUCACCUCAUACUGAGCUCCAGACAGGACAACACAGAGGAACUCUGGCUGCUGCAUGCUAACAUCGAUGCCAUAGAGAAGAGGUUUGUGGGGUCUCUGGGCACCAUCAUAGUCAAGUGUAAAGACCUCAGGGUGAUUCAGCUGGAUAUCCCUGGCAUGGAGGAGUGCCUCAACAUCGCCAGCUCUAUCGAGGUUCUGUCCACUCUGGACUCCGUCUCGUUGAUGUACCCGUUCUUCUACCGACCCAUGUUUCAGGUCCUCGAGGAUGGAUGGAAGUCUUUCCUACCAGAGGAUGCUUUCAAAGACCUAGAGUCCAUGACUGAAGAGUGGCGUCUGAGUGAUGUGAAUAAGGACUACAGUGUGUGUUCCUCCUACCCUCCUCUGGUGGCCGUACCUAAAGAUGUGGACGACGACACCCUAAGGAAAGCUGCCGCCUUCCGCCACGGGGGGCGCUUCCCCGUACUCAGCUACUAUCACAAGAAGAACGGCAUGGUGAUGAUGCGUUCAGGCCAGCCGCUGACCGGCACAAACGGGCGUCGCUGUAAGGAAGACGAGAAGUUGAUCAACGCCACGUUGCGGGCGGGGAAACGCGGCUACAUCAUCGACACGCGUACCGUCAGCGUAGCACAGCAGGCCAAGGCACGGGGAGGAGGGUUCGAAUCAGAGGCAAACUACCCACAGUGGAGGAGGAUUCACAAGGCAAUAGAGAGGUCCAGUAUUCUCCAGGAGAGCCUGAUAAAGCUGGUAGAAGCCUGUAAUGAUCAGAGCCACAGUAUGGACCGCUGGCUCAGUAAACUAGAGGCUUCUAACUGGCAGACUCACGUCAAGGAGAUCCUCACUACUGCCUGUCUGGCUGCUCAGUGCAUCGACAGGGAGGGUGCGUCAGUACUUGUGCACGGGACAGAGGGGACAGACUCGACCCUACAGGUGACGUCUCUGGCUCAGAUCAUCCUGGACCCAGCCUGCAGGACCAUCCAGGGAUUCCAAACUUUAGUGGAGAGAGAGUGGCUGCAGGCGGGCCAUCCGUUCCAGCAGCGUUGUUCCCAGUCAGCCUACAGUAACAGUAAGCCUCGUUGUGAAGCCCCGGUGUUCCUGCUCUUCCUGGACUGUGUGUGGCAGAUCCUCCGCCAGUUCCCCUGCUCCUUCCAGUUCUCGCAACACUUCCUGGUACUGCUCUUCGAACACGCCUACGCCUCGCAGUUCGGGACCUUCGUGGGCAACAGCGCCUCCGAGAGGUCUAAGUUGAACCUGUCUCAGAAGACAGUCUCUCUGUGGUCGUGGGUGAACCGGCCCCAGGAGGUGGAGAGGCUGUCUAACCCGCUCUACGAGGCCAACUGUCUGGUUAUAUGGCCCUCCGUAGCCCCUCAGAGCCUGCUACUAUGGGAAGGUGUGUUCUUGCGUUGGAAGCGCAGUUCCAGGUGUCUGGAUGAGGCCUACGACGAGAUGGUUCAUAUCAUACAUUACAACAAAGAGCUGCAGAAUAAAGUCAACAACCUCAGGAGACAGCUGGCCCAACUGGAGACGGAGGAGCCUCUGCUGCAAACACCGUAGAGGAGAGGUGAAGGAGAGGGGGUGAGGGCGGGAGGGAGGGAGGGAGGA